AUGCCAUUAAUAACGCCAGCCCAGGUCUAUGAAUGGGCCCUAAAGGAAAAGGUGAACCCAGACCAUGUAUUUGCCAUUGAUCGUGUACCACCUGAAGUUACACUGGAAAUGUUAGAGAGUAACCAGUCUAAAUACAGACAUUUGGAGGGUGCACAUCUGAUAGCAGAUGAAGGAUCAACCAUGGACGGUUAUGCAGUCCUGCUUUUCAAAGUGAGUGAUCCACUAAAUUCAGAAGUGGGGCCAUAUGCUGUGUUCCCUGCGGGUGAUUUAUCAGUAGGGUGCCCCCUGGUGUACCCCCAGGCUGUUGUUGCCCCCUGGAAAGUUGAAGCAACCAGUCCAGAUGCAGGCUACACCAGUAGAAAAAGGAGGCUGCUGCCGUCACUACCCUGCAAUGUGCAGCACACAGUAAAGCAAGAACCGCUUGUAACUGAGACCAGUGAAGCUAAGGAUGUUAGCAUUUCAGAGCAUCCCUUGACUGACGCAAUAACCCAAAUGACAGAGGCAUUGGCUCAGGGCUUGCAGCUGAGCCACUAUAAAAAGCUAAAGACAUUUUCAGGCACAGAGCCGGUUCCUACAGGGGAAGAGGGAUUUGAGACAUGGAAGGAAUCUGCACUACAAGCGUUAGAUGAGUGGGCCUGCUCAGAACAAACCAAGAGGCAGCGAAUUAUGGAGCAGGUCCGUCCCCCUGCAGCUAGUAUUGUGUUAAAUUUUAAAGCCAGUCACAAAGAUUACAAUGCUAUGGACAUAAUUGAUAUCCUCACUUCAGCAUAUGGGAAGCAUGAGGACCCUGACCAGUUAUUGGCUGACUUUAAACAGAUGAGACAGAAGUCUUCUGAGGAUGUAUCUGCAUUCACCCUCCGUCUAGAGAAUAUGCUGCGGAAUCUCUUGUCAAAAAAAGUGAUUACAGCAGAGGAAGUAGAUACACUACGUCUAAAACAAUUACUAAAGGGGAUGUCCCCAUUCUUCCCCAUGUAUUCCACGUUGCAGAUACUCCUGAGGGAUAAAAGAGAUACCGGCUUUAUUGACCUGAUGAAAGUGAUUAAGCAAGAGGAGGCAACCCUACGCUUUGCUGGUACCUCCCGGGUACCAAAGCAGAACCCUGCUUUACCCACCUCGAAGGAUAUUAAGGUAACUGGAAAGGGUGUACCAUCAAUAACCCCAAUCCGGAAAAGGUCCCCGUCAGAGUGGCAUAAGGGGGUACCUGCCACUACCCCUACCAGUUGUUUCGGGUGUGGCAAGGAGGGGCAUUUUGUUAAAGACUGUCCUGAGAAAGAUUCCCCUAAUGCAGUGCAGACAAUGUCAUGUGGGAAGCCAAGUAGCUACCCCAACAAGGUUACAGAACCCUCUGCGAUAAAGGACAGAAACAUGGUGGGCCCCAAGUCCUUGGUGGACAUCCUGUUAGAUGGGCAGCCAGUACAAGCUUUGUUUGAUACCGGAUCACAGGUCACAAUAAUCCACUAUAGUUAUUACCUGCAACAUCUAGCCCAAAAACCUUUACAGCCCGCUAGAGGCUUAGAAUUGUGGGGGCUGAAUUAG